AUGUACAUGAUGAGGAGAAGCAAGGUGAAGAGGAAGAUAAUGGUGGAGCUCAAUACACUUGUAAAGAAAGGGAAAAAAGGAGCCAAGGCCAUCAACAACCUCAUCCUCGACCACCACCACCACUCGUGCCGAUCCAACGACACGGCCAACACGGCCUUCGUAUCGGCCCGAGACUACGAGUUCAGCUGCAGCAACACUCCCGUCCCCAAGCGCAAAAACCGCCACAACCACCACUACGAUAAUGAUCUCAAAGUCAUGCACAAGGCCUUCGGCAUUCUAAGCCGUUACGACGUCGUUGAGGCGUCCCCUUUCCACGGUGGGGUUGACAAGGACGCCGAGGAGUUUAUCAACAAGUUUUACCGAGAAUUGAAGAAGGAGAGGCCGGCGGAGACGCCGUCGCCCUACCGUGAAUGA